AUGUUCGCCCUGGCCAACGUGCCCUACAUCGAUCGGCGAUUCGCCUUCGAGGAUUGGCCAAAGUUGAAGGGCUCCCAUCCGUUCAUCUUUGGGCAAUCGCCGGUGCUUGAGGUUGAUGGGAAGGUGCUGGCCGAGUCGAAUACCAUCAAUCGAUUUGUCGCUAAUCGAUAUGGUUUUACCGGGAAUUCGGAGUGGGAAAGGGCUCAAGUCGACUCGUUGGCUGAUUUGCACCAUACGUACUUCAAUCGCGUUCGACCCUUUUACGGAGUCGCGUGCAAGUAUUGGGAGGGCGAUCAGCAAGCCCUCCUGCAUUCGAAUUUCCUGCCCGAGCGCGAUCAUUUCUUCGGGAUACUGACAAAGUUUAUCGAGGAUAAUGAGACAAAAUCUGGAUUUUUGGUAGGAGACUCCGUGAUGUACGCCGAUUUGCUACUGCUGAGCCACGUCCUAAUUUUCCGCAACUGGGUCCCCGAGCUGACGGAUGGCUGGCCAAGGAUAGCCGAGCACACCGACAAGCUGAAGUCGAUGCCAAAGAUGGCCGAAUAUUUGGCAAAUCGCCCACAUUCGAUUCAA